AUGGUUCAAUUAGCUUACCAAGAUCCCGCGACCUGGUUGGAGCUUGGCCAGCCGGACCCAAUUCUCGAGGAGAUAGCCCAGGGUGCUGGCAAGCCUCAGCUAGAGAAGCGUCCAGAUAUCUCAAGUGUUGUUGCUACCCGUGCGGCCUGGGCUCCUGUAUUCAAAGAUUUUGCGGAGGCAGCAGUUGCUCGCAGCAAUGGCUCAGUGACAUCAACAGAUAUUGAUAUACCCCGUCGUGAUGGCGGAUCAUGCCGUGCACUGCUCUACAAGCCCGAAGACGGCAAGGAUGGCGGCCGUCCUCUCGUUGUGUUUAUUCACGGCGGAGGCUUUGUGUAUGGACUACCAGAGAUGGAGGCCGGACUAGCCGUAGCUGCUGUCCAGGAAUACCAGUGCGUUGCUCUGUGCCUCAGCUACAGGCUUGCUCCUGAGCACAAGUUCCCCACCGCCACGGACGACUGCUGGGAUGCUCUGAAAUGGAUCACACAAAAUGCAGCCCGUCUAGGCGUAGACCUCUCGAAAGGGUUCGUUCUGGGUGGAACGUCUGCCGGAGGCAGCAUUGUCACUGCGCUGUCACAUCUGGCACGCGACGAGAAAGUGUACCCUCCACUCACAGGCUUGUACCUGAAUGUACCACUCCUACUCGCCCCGGAGGCCGUUCGGCCAGAACAACAGCCAUUGUAUCGCAGUCGAGAACAGAAUGCAUACGCCCCCGUGCUCAACAAGGCCUUUAUGGAUAUGUACACCGCGGCCUGCGAUCCAGAUGACCUUCAAAACUCCUACCUAUGGAGCCCGUUCAACUGGCCCGGUGGUCCGGGUAAGGCGCACGCGGGUCUCCCGCCAACCUACUUUCAAAUCUGCGGCUUGGACCCUCUUCGUGAUGAGGCUCUGAUUUAUGAGCGUGUGCUGCGGACGGAGUACAAGACUCCGACGCGCGUGGACAUCUAUCCAGGCUUGCCUCACAUGUUUGUCCCGAAUUUCCCGACCCAUCCAUCCAGCAAGAAAUAUCCCAAGGAUGCAUUGCGGGGAAUUGGAUGGCUGCUGAAUAAAGGCGAACAAGACACAGUGUAA